AUGGCUUCAACAGCCUUUGAAUUGUCCCUUUUGACGUUGGCUCGGGUGGGAAAUGCCUCCACAACUCUGAAACAUGAGAAUGAGGACCAGCUUAGAAUCCUGCAGUCAUUAGAGUUCGUAGACGAGUGCGGAGCAGAUGAUUUUGUCAAAGUCUACGCAGCCGUUGCUGCCAUGAAUUACAGGAUGAAAACCUUGGAACGCUUGUCUGUUUUGGACGGCGCGCUGAUGACCUAUAUACUACAAGCUCAUAAGGCUUGGCUGAUGGGAAAGCUGCAGUUUGUUCGCAUACCGCUUGAGAUGGAUGCAAAUUUGGUACAGGAACUUCAUGCGUCAUUGUCAAAAGUUCGCCUAGUAUCUGCGGGGCAGACACCCUCUGGAAUAACAAAUGAAGAAAUGCAAGCCGUAAAAGAUUUGUUUCAGCAGCAAUAUCAGGAUGUCCAGGGCAUGGAUGAUGCGAAAGAUGUCGAGGCUGUUAAAGCUGCGUCCGAACACGCGAAUCAAGUUAACCAAAGGCUCAAAUACAUGUUGCAGACGCACAUGAAGAAGUUUCAUUCAGCUUUGAAGCGCCAGACGCUUAGCAAGGAAGAGGCCAACGCUGCCGCUGAGGCCAUCGCGCAAAUUGCUGAGAGUGUGGUCGGCGACACCGAAGAAUUCUGGCGCUCUGCGCAUGAACUUUAUGUACAGAUUGGCGGCAAGCCUGAAGAUGUGCUUAAUUUUGCUAGCGGCAAAGCGCUACUGCAAAAGCUAUCAACUAAGAUAAAGUCCAGUACUGGUGAGCAGGUAGAGGGUGCUGUGACCGCUGAGAAUGUUGCCGCAGAUGCUGUGAAGAAACGGUUUCUCGAGCAAUGGCGUGCAGUUGAAGCUUCGGCGAGGGAUCAUUGGUUGAGAGCGCAAGAGACGGUAGAAGAUGCGAGGAAGGUGAAAAAGUACAAACUAGACAACGAAAGGAUAGCUGUCCAGCCGCAGUCUGUGACCUUUGAGUAUGCGCAGUGCGACCGGCGAUUAGACGUGCCACCAGGUAGUCGCAUGUUUGAAGGCGGAAGGAUAUGCCGUCAGUUGCAGUGGAUGUUGGUGCGUCUCCAUUGCCAUCUGCUGCGGCUGCUGCUUGUGUUGUCUGUCUGUACGCCCGCGCUGCUGCUGCACCUCGCUCGCGCCUUCGUUCCUACGGCGGGUCGUUUGCCCCUAAUACCUCCGCAGCCAUUUCAAAGGGGAAGGUCCUUCUGCAGCAGCAGCAGCAACAGCAGUAGUAGCACCAGCAGCAGCAGCAACAACACCUCAAUCGAGAGCUCCUUUCCCCUACGCCCCUGCAGCAGCAGCAGCACCCCAAUCGGGAUCUCCUUCCCCCUCAGCAACUGCAGCUCGGUGAAUAUCGUCUUGCUUCUGCCCAGCGACCAGCAGCAGCAACAACAACAGGAAGGGCAGCAACGGCGGUCGCAACACUUUUGA